AUGGACUCGAAUGAGAACUCUGUAUUGUUGAAGGAGGAGUAUGACAUUAAAGGUUAUGAUGAUGAACAGUAUGAGAAUGGUCAAUCAGGAUCAUUGUUCUCAAAAUGGUUACCAAAGACAAGAAGAAACAGAUUAAUCCUAUUAGUACUACUUAUCCUAAUCGUCUGUACAAUCAUUGCAACUGUUGUACCAUUAGUGAUCUUAAGCAAGGGAAGACAUACUGUAGUACUAUCACAUAAUUGUCAAGAUGAUGGUGGAAAGCUUGUUAAUACUGCAUUGAAGGGUACUCAGGCAUACUCUAAAUUAAAGACAAUGUGUACGACUUUUGGAAAUAGACUGUCGGGUUCAGAUGCAUUGGAGAAGGCAAUCGACUGGGUACAGGCACAGAUGAUAGCCGAUGGAUUGGAGAAUGUACAGACUCAAGAUGUCAACGUCACCCAUUGGGUACGUGGCAAUGAACAUGCCGCCAUCCUCAGUCCAUUCACCAAACGAAUGAACAUCCUUGGUCUUGGAGGUUCAAUCAACACAACAGCCAACGGAGUCACAGCCGAAGUAUUGGUCGUUUCAAGCUUUGAUGAUUUGGUAAACAAGUCUGCUUUGUGUCCAAAAAAGAUUGUUUUGUUCAAUGUACCAUUCACAGAGUAUGGCGUUACAGUUGCUUAUAGGUCUGGUGGAGCAGUGGCCGCUGCAAAGUGCGGUGGUGUCGCUGCACUCGUUCGUUCAAUCACUCCAUUCUCAAUUGGCUCGCCACACACUGGUAUGAUGUCGUAUCGCGAUGGUGUCAACAAGAUCCCCACUGCAGCCAUCACUCUGGAGGAUGCCGACCUUAUCCAGGGACUUUCCGAUCAGGGCACCGUGGUCAGUGUCAACCUCUACAUGGAAGCACAGACAAUGCCCAACCCAGCAGUGUCUCGCAAUGUCAUGGGCCAGGUCACUGGCUCAAUGUACCCGGAGCAGGUCGUAGUCAUUGGCGGUCACAUCGACAGUUGGGACGUCGGCCAAGGUGCCGUCGACGAUGGAGGCGGUGUGAUGGUCGCCUGGGAAGCCGUACGACUGAUGAAGGCGCUCGGCAUUCAGCCACUGCGCACAGUCAGAGUGGUCGCCUGGACCAACGAGGAGAAUGGUGCCGCUGGCGCACAAACCUAUGCCAACGUUCACAGAAACGAGACGUUCUUCUCGAUCGAGACUGAUGGAGGCACGACCACUCCACUGGGCUUCACCGUGUCUGGCGCCUCAGAGGCCACGAUCGACGCGCUUCAAUCACUGUCGGACGACGUUCUAUCAGAGCUCGGCGCCAACCUGGUGAUCGAGGGUGAGUCUGGCACAGACAACAGUUUCCUGAUCGUACCCGGCCAGAUACCAGGCGGAGAACUAUCAGUCGACAUGUCAAAGUACUUCUGGUACCAUCACUCUGAGGGCGAUGCCCUGGACAAGGUGGACCCACAUCAAAUGGAUCAAUGUGUAGCAUCGAUGGCUUCAAUGUCCCUCUGUAUUGCCAACUUCAAUGGUCCACUACCAAAGUAA